CAGGGUUAGCUGACUCGGAAUACAAUGAAAAGUUGCUGGCGAUUGAAGUUAUGAACAUCAGUUUGAUAUAUUUCAGGUAAUUAAACAAAAGCUAGCAUAUGUGUUUGCCUCUUUUCCCUUGAAUGCAAAAAGUUUUCCUCAAACUUCCUUUGUUCUCGCCGACCCCACGCUGGCUCCUGAGCGCGCCUCUGCCGCGGGCCGGCUGCGCGGCGGCGGCGGCGUCGCCUUUCUCGUCCGUGAGUGGUGAGCGGGAGCGUGCGUCCACCAACCAGCCGCCGAGCAGCGCCCAGCCGAGCUGUCCAUUCAGGAGUGAGGAUUUCGGCGGCCACACCAAUCGGAGCUGCAUUGCCGCCUUCCUGACUGGAGCACGGGAGGAACUCCUGAAGCCUUGCCGACCGGGCGGAGAGCCUGCUGAAGUGUUGAAGCUCGUCUGUUCCUCACCGACUGCACCCGCACACACACACACACACACACACACACACACACACACACACACACACACACACACACACACACACACACACCGACCCCCUACCAUGGACGGGGACGGCGCGGAUUUCAUCGGCGACAGCAAGACGUAUAUGCUGGAGGACUCCGGCGACCCUGACAGCGGGGACGGAGGCUCCGGUGGUAACAAAUCGGGGGAGCCCAGCAACAUUCUACGCGAGCAGGACCGGUUUCUACCGAUCGCAAACGUGGCGCGCAUCAUGAAACGCGGCAUCCCGCCGAACGGAAAGAUCGCCAAGGAGUCCCGGGAGUGUAUGCAGGAGUGUGUCUCGGAGUUUGUGAGUUUUGUCACGAGCGAGGCCAGCGACCGGUGUCACCAGGAGAAGCGGAAGACCAUCAAUGGCGAGGACCUGCUGUUCGCUAUGUCUGUCCUCGGCUUCGACAACUACGUCGAACCGCUGAAGCUCUUCCUGCAGAAAUACAGAGAGUCUAUAAAAGGCGACAAGAUGCCAGACCAGUUCGAUGAAAUUGAAGAGCCCCAGUUCGGCACCAACACCCUGGAGCCGCUCAGCGAGGGUUCAGCAGGCGGAGCGACAGGCGGGAUGAUAUACACCGCGUACGGAAAUCAACAGUUCUAGAGCCGCCGACAGCGCCACCUGUCCACUGCAAUCGCAGCUGUGCUUCUGCCAGCCGCCGCCAGGAUGUGCUGCUUGCCGGUGCGGCCGGCACAGAGACGAACGGACCGAACUGUGGUGCGCCGCGGUGCGCCGCGUGGUGGGUGCUGUGUCCAUUGAGAGGUACCUGGAUUGCUUGUUUGUGAGACUCUCGUGAAGGGUGAGUUUGGCUUUAAAAGCCCGAGUCAGAGCCUGGACAGAUUGGUGAGUGGACCGGCCAGCGGGCGUCGAGAGCUAAGGACGGCGCAAAGCCGGCAGGACGUUUUUAGCUUAGUGUUUCCGCAAACGCAUCGCGUUGUUGAUGUGCUAGCAUGCCAUUGUUACCAUCCAGGAGGCGGUUUAUUACCAAGUGAUAUUCGGGCGAAAUUUUGAGUUCGCAAAGGCGAGGAACUCGUUUUAUGAUAAAAGAAACGGUCUUCGGUGCUACUCGUAUUUUCUUGCAAUGCAUACCUAUCAAACAUUCGUUGAAACCAAUUCAGAAAAGCGGAGCCCGUCAUGCUUGUACGAUUGCGUUCUGGAAGGGGCAUGUAUCUUCCAUAGGACCCUGUUAAUACCUCUGGCUCUGUACAUAUGUGAAUCGUUCUUGUUGGUUGUGUGAAUUGUAUUAUUAUGUCACAUGUGGACACAGGUUUGAGAAUGUCGACGAAAACAUUUUGGUAAAUAUUUGACCGUGUUACAACGAGCAAAGGUGUUUCUUGAUCGACUUGAAUCUGAAGAUGCUCUUGGAUGUAUGAUGAAGCUCACGUGCGAAUGAAACCGAAGAUUGAUGUUAUAAAUACGAAGUAGGCUGGACGCUAUGGAUUCGCUGAACAUAGUUUUGUACAAAGCCUACGAUAAAUUUACGAUAGUUUAUACGAUAGUAAGUUAAAAGUACGAUAAGUUAAUACAUCGAAAGUCAGAAUCAA